CGCAGCGCCGCUCGACUAUCACUUCCGUGUUGGCGUGUCCCGACGUCACGCGGAAUGUGAAGCAGGAAACGCGGAUGUGUUGCGCUUAAUCUGCAUCUACAGACGUGUUCGGAUCCAUAUGUCGAAACCAGCCCCCCUUCCAAACUGAUCUGAUCCAGUGCAUCGGACGCCGUUUGGACGGAACCGAGUGGAGGAAUGCCUACCGGUGUGUGUGGGUGUUGUGGUCCUCUGAGGCCACGCUACAAGCGUCUAGUGGACAAUAUUUUCCCAGAGGACCCCAAGGAUGGACUGGUGAAAUCUGAUAUGGAGAAGCUGACUUUUUAUGCAGUGUCAGCGCCAGAGAAGUUGGACCGUAUUGGAGCAUACCUGGCCGAACGUCUCAGCAGAGAUGUGGUACGACAUCGCUACGGGUAUGUGGUAAUAGCGAUGGAGGCAUUGGAUCAGUUGUUGAUGGCGUGUCAUUCCCAGAGUAUCAAGCCAUUUGUGGAAAGCUUCCUUCACAUGGUAGCCAAACUGCUGGAAUCCGGAGAACCCGAUUUACAAGUGCUGGGCACCAACUCAUUUGUGAAGUUUGCGAACAUUGAAGAGGAUACGCCAUCAUACCAUCGCAGAUAUGACUUUUUCGUCUCUCAGUUCAGUGCCAUGUGUCACUCCACACAUGAGGACCCCGAAACUCGCAGCAGGAUCCGUGUAGCGGGCAUUAAGGGUCUCCAGGGUGUCGUCAGAAAGACUGUGAAUGAUGAACUGCAGGCAAUCAUCUGGGAACCUCAACACAUGGAUAAACUCAUCCCCUCCAUGCUGUUCAACAUGCAAGAUAAUGAGGACUCCGAGAGGGCUGGAGAGGAAAAUCCCGCUUCACUGGCGGAGAGCUGCUUUCGAGAAUUACUGGGUCGCGCUGCUUACGGCAACAUGAACAACGCCGUGCACCCCGUGCUGGUGCAUUUAGACAACCAUCGUCUGUGGGACCCGAACGAUUUUGCUGUUUCCUGUUUCAGGAUAAUCAUGUACUCAAUACAGGCCCAGCAUUCUCACCAUGUGAUCCAGCAAGUGUUGUCUCACCUUGACACCCACAGUAAGAACACCCCACGUGUGAGGGCAGGUAUCGUUCAGGUGCUGCUGGAGACAGUUGCCAUAGCAGCCAAGGGUUCCAUCGGUCCCACGGUCCUGGAGGUGUUUAACACCCUGCUGAAGCAUCUGCGUAUGAGUGUGGAUUUUGAGCUGGGCGACGGUUCCCGCAGGAACUCCGCGAGCAGCCUUUCCUCCACCCGCACCAAAGAGAGCGAGGAGCGGAUUGUCCAGAACGCCAUCAUCCAAACCAUAGGUUUCUUUGGAGGAAAUCUUCCUGAUUAUCAGAGAGCUGAAGUGAUGAUGUUCAUUAUGGGGAAAGUUCCUGUUUACGGCACGCCAUGUCACACGCUGGACACCGUCAAGAUCGGGCAUCAGGGCACUAAGAGAAUCCAGACAAUGCUGUUAAGUUCUCUCAUUAUGGUUACGUCAGGGUUUAAGUGUAAAACGAUGUGUGCUGGCCUGCCCGCUGCCUUUCUGGAGCCGUUAUGCUCUAUCUCUUUGAUGGAAGACAGUGAACUCCGGCAGCUCGUCUUGGAGAUUCUGCACAACAUCAUCGAUCGCCAUGACAACAGAGCCAAACUCAGAGGGAUCCGGAUUAUUCCUAAUGUAGCUGCUUUGAAGAUCAAGAGAGAAAAAAUCUCCAAACAGGAUGUGGUUUUUAUGAAAAAGCAUGGGCAGCAGCUCUACAGACACAUCUAUCUGGGCUGUAAGGAGGAAGAUAACGUCCAAAAGAACUUUGAGCUGCUCUUCACAGCUCUGGCAUUGAUCACUAUUGAACUGGCCAAUGAGGAGGUGAUGAUUGAUCUCAUGCGCCUGUCCAUCGCCCUGCAGGAUAUGGCCCUGGCAAAUGAGGAGAACAUGCCAAUGUUUAUUCGCUGUGGAAUCAUGGCGUUGGUCGCUGCAUACCUCAACUUCCUCAGUCAGAUGAUUGCAAAUCCACCUUUUUGCCAACAUGUCAGCAAGGUGAUUGAAAUGAGAAAUCUAGAUGCUCCGUACCUUCUGCCUGAACAUGUCUUCAGAGAGAAGUGUGUGCUCCCAGAGUCUUUAGACCGAGACGACGUUGGUUUGUAUUUCCAGACGGCUGAUCUGGCAGAAGCUCUGUCUGUGCCUGGAUAUAACGUAGAAAGACUGGCUGUACCGUACAUACCCCAGGUUACAGUCCUGUACACGGUAGGAAAGAUUCUGCACAGAUGCAAACAGACAUCCAGAGACCGGCUGCCCCGUAGGAAGAGUUUUGUCGACACCAUUUCUCUCCAAGUUGACAUCCUUUCCAACAGCUUGCCUGAUCAGUCUCAGCUUGCAGAGGAGAUUACGUUUGAGACCCUGAAGAAGGCCAUCGAUACCACAGGUCUGGAGGAACAGGAAAGAGAAAGGAGACGGCAGGUGAUGGAGAAGUUCCAGAAAGCGCCGUUUGAGGAGAUUGCCGCCCACUGCGAGUCCAAGGCCAACAUGCUGCACGAUCGUUUGGCUCAGAUAUUUGAACUCACCAUUCGCCCUCCCCCGAGCCCAUCGGGCACCGUGACGGUGACGUCAGGCCACGCCCAGUACCAGUCUGUGCCAGUCUACGAAAUGAAGUUCCCUGACCUCUGCGUGUACUGAACCACCACCUUUCACCUUAGCUCUAUCACACAGACUCAGCCUUGACAUGUGGCCACUGACCUUUAUCACACUUUAUGUUUGGUCCUAUUACCUUUAACUCACCUGAGCCACUCAUCUCAGAUACCUUUCACCAUAAACGUCACAGCAGAGAGAAGGGGUGCGAACUGGACAGGCACUUCAUACCUCCAUUUUGCACCAAUCAGCACGCAGAGCUUUAAACCAGCUGUCCAAUCAUUCACCAGCUCUGUAGAAUCAUGUGAAUCGUAUGUGUGUGGUUUUCAGUUUGAUUCUUGCACUAAACGGCAGCUCUAAGAAUCAAACUGAGUCUUUUGAACUUCUUAAUGUAAUGAUUCAUAAGAGUCAUUUAGUAAAUGACUCACUUUGGCUGCUUUAAGGGAACUUAAAUGCUAGCAUUAGCUUAAGUGCUAGUUUCUUUUCAUUAACUCUCAUUUCUAAGCCAUCAUCAGCAGAGAGAUUCAAACAUACAAUAGAUUUCUGCUUGCUUGAAUCUCUCCUAUAUAAAUGCUUAUAGUGUACAGUAUGGUACAGGUAUAGCAUAGCCUAUUUUUGAGAAAUAUAUAUAGUUUUAGAUUAAAUGAUUGCUGGUAGUGUGUUACUUGUGUUCUGUUUGCAUGGCUUAGCCAAUGUUUCACUGCAAACUUUGUGAGUUUAGGCCUUUAUUAAUCUACAGUUAGCCUUUAACUUCGAUGUUGUGGAUGUCAACGGGCUUUUGUUCACCCAGAGUUCUUAGUGAUCACUAUGCUCUCCAUUUUGCCUUCACUGUAUAGAGAAACCAAAACAUUUGCUUUUCAUCACCAAAGAGCUCUGCCCACACCCUUCCUUUAUAGGCCACGCACGGCCGCCAGUCAAAUCUUGAGCCAAUCGGAAUUCUCUUUGAGAGCGGGAACACCAGAGUGUUCUUGAACUCAAACCUCAGAACAGUUCUAGAAAACUGGGAGCUGAUGGAUAUCUGUGAUUAAAAAAUGGUCUUCAUUCAUCAACAAGCUCGAGCCACAAGGGCAUUGCAAUGCUUUUUUUGCUUUUCAGGUGACUUUAUUCAUCUACCUUGGACAAAAAUGUGUCAUGCUGAAUUCUGACAAUUUAUUUGUGACUGUUAGAUGCUGAAAUACUUUGCUGAAAAUGUUUCACAUCAUCUGUGCUUCCCGUGGUGAGAGCUGUGAUCAAUUUCAGUUGUUGUAGCUGGUAGAAACAUGUCUAUGCGGGACGUUUAGGACAUUUUAGCUGAUUCUAAGGUGCUUUUCGUGGAUUCUGGGGAUUCGUUGUAAUACGAUUGGCUUGUCUUUGUUUUGCGAAUGUAUUUAUGUUGUUGGAAUGGCAAGUGAAUGGACGGGGAUUAUACAGUUGAAGUCAAAAGUUUACAUACACCUUGCAGAAUCUGUAAAUGUUAAUUAUGUUACCAAAAUAAGAGGUAUUAUACAAAAAUCAUGUUAUUUUACUGACCUGAUUAAGAUAUUUUACAUAAAAGACGUUUACAUAUAGUCCACAAGAGAAAAUAAUAGUUGAAUUUAUAAAAAUUACCCUGUUUAAAAGUUUACAUACACUUGAUUCUUAAUACGGUGUUGUUACCUGAAUGAUCCACAGCUGUUAUUUUGUGUGUGUGUGUGUGUGUGUGUGUGUGUAUGUGUGUGUGUGUGUAUUUGAACCCUUUCUAACAAUGACUUUGAGAUCCAUCUUUUCAUACUGAGGACAACUGAGGGACUCAUAUGCAACUAUUACAGAAGGUUCAAACACUCACUGAUGCUUCAGAAGGAAACACAAUGCAUUGAGAGCCGGAGGGUGAAAACUUUUGAACAGAAUUAAGAUUUGUACAUUUUUCUUAAUUUGCCUAUAUAUAAUUUUUUCCCCCAUUUAUUACUGCCCUUCAGAAGCUACAGAAGAUACUUGGAUGUUUCCCAGUAGACAAAAUAAGUUAAAUUUACCCUGAUCUUCGAAUUUAAAAAGUUUUCACUCCCGGCUCUUAAUGCAUUGUGUUUUCUUCGAAAGCAUCAGUGAGCGUUUGAACCUUCUGUAAUAGUUGCAUAUGAGUCCCUCAGUUGUCCCUUUCCCAAAAUUUGAGGGACCUGAAGGAUUUUUCUGAAGAACAGGGGGCAGUUUAACUGUUCGGGACAAACAAAAAACAACUAUUACUAAACAAAAAAUUCAUUCAGGUAACAACACAGUAUUAAGAAUCAAGUGUAUGUAAACUUUUGAAAAUAGUCAUUUUUAUAAAUUCAACUAUUAUUUUCUCUUAUUGACUCUAUGUAAAUGUAUUUUAUGUGAAAUAUCUUUUAUUAAAUAAAAAAAUAACAUGCAUUUUGUAUGAUCCCUCUUAUUUUGGUAAAAUAAUUAACAUUUUGCAGAUUCUGCAAGGUGUAUGUAAACUUUUGACCUCAACUGUUGAUGUUGUAAUGAUGAUGCAAUGCUGUUGCCAUUUUGAUGGCCUGUGAAAUCAACGGUCCGACUGUUUGUGACUUGAAACUUGCACUGCAUUGUGAGAUUUGUAUGCACAGAAAGUAAAGAAUGUCUUGAAGUAUUUAAAGGCCAAAUUUAAGAGAUGACUCAUUCUAAAUCUGCAAUAGUUUCGAUUUCAUGUCUACUAUAAUUUCCAUAACAUCAGAGCUGAUGACUGCAAGAUGGCAGAUUUUCUGCCUUGAUUCUUAUCUAUCUAGUCUAUUAAAGGAAGUCUGUUUUGAAGAGUUAAAGGAAGGAUUUUGGUGAUAAAAUGUUGGUGGACAGGAAAUAGUCAGUAGUUGACCUUUGGUCGUUUUGUAUUUCUCUCAGUAACUUGCUGCAUUUCAAUAGAAGUUGCUUUGCGACAAUAUGUGUAAAAUGCUGUGAUGAAAUCAGGCACAUUAUUUCUGUAGAAAUAUAAAAUCAUAAAUAAUUUCUAGAUUAAUGCAAUAUAUUUUUGGUGUAAUAUGAAAUAGAAAUGUGUUGUUUCUCCGACAAAUCAUCUGUAAAGCACCUUUAGAGAUUUGUGUGUGUGUGUGUGUGUGUGUGUGCGUGUGCGUGUGUGUCAAAGGGAUACGAUAAGUCUAUUUUUUUGCAUGCUGUUUUGUUUUUGUUUUACAUCAGUGAAGGGAAAUCUUGUUAUGGGUCUUACUGUAACUGCUAAUAUCAUUUUUAGUGUAAUUCACAAUAUAUGUUUUAUUUUCAUCCUCUGUGGAAAUUUACGGUACUUUAGUGUCUCAAACUGAUCUUUAGUUCCGUUUGAUCUUUAAUUAUGUUUUUCCGUUUGGGAGAGAAGUAUAGAAUAAGAUGCAUUAGGGUUCAGGUUGAUGGUGAUGUCGAUAUGGAAAUGUUUUUGCAGUCUUCCAUGUGAAGAUAAUCCAGAGGAUAGGCAUAUGUCUACAUGCAUCACAUUAGAUUUCAAAUGUGUAAAGGUACGAACCACUGCAGUGUUGCUAAAGUACAUGAUUAUAAGAGUUACCAUGAAAUCUCUAGGUGUUAAUUAGCCAUAUCCAGGUUCGCUGUCUGACAGUGUCUGCCACAUUAAUGUGCAAUGAGAUUUUAUGUACAAGAUCUUAAAGUCUUAAUAAAGAUUUUGUAUUUAAAUA